CCCAAGACGAACGGUCGUUUGUAGUUCUCUGCGCGAGUUCUUCAGAAACUAGAGAAAUACGUAAACUGCCUGAAGUCGAAAUAAUCGACGAACAAUCCAGACCAUUUUUUUCACGUGCUCGCGAGUGGUAAUUGAAUAGAAACCCGCCUCCCCAUGAUGGCCCCUGAGUGACCUAUCGAGUAUCACCAGGCCCAAUGAAAAUGCAAGCCAGCCAGAUCCUGCUCCUGACUUUGGCCCUGGCCAGCAGGUCGUCGUCGGCGGCUAGCAGUCCUGGCCAGAAUGGCCUGAAUGGCCCGGUGGCAGCCGGCUCGAAUGGAUUACAGUGCCAGCGGAUCGCCGUUUCCGCCUGCCAAGGUCUCGGCUACAACAUGACCGCAUUGCCCAACCUGGCGGGUCACACCAAUCAGCUGGAGGCUGAACUCCAGAUUGCCAAGCUGGUGCCACUGAUCGAAUCCGGUUGCUCGCGUCGCGCUCGCUUUCUGCUCUGCUCGGCGCUGUUUCCGCUCUGCUCGCCGGAUGUGCCACGCCCCGUUACCGCCUGCAAGUCGCUGUGCGAAACGGUGCGCGGCGAGUGCUCGGCGAACGCCCCGCCGGAGUUGAUGGAGCUGUGGCCCUCGUUCCUCCACUGCGACGGACUGCCGCAGCCGGAGAAGCACGAGCUGUGUAUGCAGAUACCCCAGGAGGUGGCUGCUCCAGGUGGUGCUCCGGGUAGUCCCCCUACCACUAGUCCGCCCGGCGGCGGCGGCGGCGCCGGUGAAGGUCACCCCACGUACCGCUUCUGGCGGAGCGGGGCACCACCUGCUCCCGGUUCGGGUGGCGGCGUCCUCUGCCCCCAGAACUUCAGCGGCAGUCCCUUCAAUCCGGAGGAGUGUGUGCCCCAGUGCCAGCGGGAUGCCUUCCACACCAGCGCCCAGAAGAAGCUGUCGGAGAGCCUGAUCCUGGGCCUAUCGGCCGUCUGCUUCGUCCUCACCCUGUUCGCAUUGGUCACCUUUUGGGCGGAGCCCACCCGGUUCGGAUAUCCGGAGCGACCCGUGCUCUUCCUCUGCCUGUGCUACAACCUGUUCAGCGUGUGCUAUCUGGAGCGGAUCGUGUUCCACAACCAGGCGCGGAUGCAGGACCUCCCCGUCCAGGGCCGCCUGCUGCGACCCGCCUGCCUGCUGACGCCCCCCUGUUUGGCCUCCUACAUCACCACCUCGUAUCUGAGUCUCUGCGCCGCCAGCUGGUGGCUGAUCUUCGCCCUCUGCUUCUACCUCUCCUCCCACAAGAAGUGGUCCAGCGAGGCGCUGGAGAAGCGCUCCGGACUGUUCCACGUCCUGGCCUGGGUGCCGCCCCUGGCCCCGCCCAUCGCCGCCCUGCUGCUGGAGCGAGUGCGUCCCAGCGAGCUGACCGGGAUGUGCUAUGCCCCGGGUUUCGUGGAGCUGCCCGCCCUGAUCCUCCUGCUGCUCGGGCUGUACUUCACCCUGCGGGCCUCCCGAUCCCUGCUCCUCCUCCAGCAGCAGCUUCAGCCCACACUCGCCCACCAUCGAUUCGGGCAGAUCCGGAAGCGCUUCGUGGUCUUCUCGCUGCUCUACUUUGCACCCACGGCCGCCGGCGUGGUGGCGGCCCUCUGCGAGCGGUACGCGGACUCGGUGCCCAGUUGCUCCACUCCUGAGGACUGUGCUCCGCCCAUGCCGCUGAGUGCCUGGCCGGCGCUGGUCCGGAUCUUCUUCCAGCUGGUGGGCGGCACGCUGACCGGAUUGUGGGUGUGGUCGCGCAAGACCUGCGAGAGCUAUAGAAAUCGGCUGGGGGCGGGUGGCACGCCCACCUCCUCCUCGCUGAUGAACCAAAGCAAGUCGGCGGGGGCGCUGCCCAAGAAGCAGCUGUACACGAGUGGCAAGUCCAUGAUGCCCACCGCUCCGCUCUACGCCGGCAUCAGUUUCCACAACGUGCCCGUUUACAAUCCCAAUCAGUCGCGGGUCUAAGGAUUCCUCACUCCGAACUCCAUUGUAUAUAUAUGUAUGUAGGAAAACCCCUCUUAACCCCAGAAGGCUUUAAGCUCUGAUCUAAGUACACAAACGCAAUCGAGUGUACGUAUAGUUCGUAAGCCCCGAAAAGGAAAAACUGAAAUGUGUUAAUAGCUUUAAAGUUCGCCCUGCCCCCCAAGUGCAUCCAUCACCUCCAGUUUUAUUAGUAGUUCUUUAGCUAAUCGUAAGUCUGUACAUAGAGAAAGUGUUUUUUUUCCCUAGUUUAAAUAUUGAUUUUAAAUAGUCUUAAGAUAAGCAAUCAAUUUAAUAAAUUGUGAAUAAUUUAAAUGAA